AUGGUGCUGCUGGAGAGUGAGCAGUUUCUGACUGAACUGACAAGAUUAUUCCAGAAGUGCCGCACUUCAGGAAGUGUGUUCAUAACACUAAAGAAAUAUGAUGGCCGGACAAAACCAAUUCCCAGUAAGGGACAUUCAGAUAGUUUUGAACCAGCCGAUAACAAAUGCCUUUUGAGAGCUACAGAUGGAAAGAAAAAAAUCAGCACAGUGGUCAGUUCUAAAGAAGUUAACAAGUUCCAGAUGGCCUAUUCCAAUUUACUGCGUGCAAAUAUGGAUGGACUGAAAAAGAAGGACAAGAAGAGUAAAACAAAGAAGAGCAGUGCCGCUCAGUAA